AUGAUCGCCUGUGUCGCCGUCAUCGGCGCCGCCAACAGCCCCCUGUACAUCCGCACGUUCGGCGAGGAGGGCGAGGACUUGGGCUUCCACUACAUCGCGCACGUGUCGCUGGACGUGAUCGAGGAGAAGCUGCGCGGCGCGGGCAUCUCCAGCUCCAAGGACGACAUGUACCUGGGCUUCCUCGGGCCCAUCGAGGACUACCGCGUCUACGGCUACGUGACCAACACGUCCGUCAAGUUCGUCGUGGUGCUGCAGGACGCGCCAGUGCGCGAGUCGGAGCUCAGACCCUUCUUCGCGGAGGUGCACCGCCUGUACGUGAACGCCAUGUCGAACCCGUUCGCGCCGCUGGGGGAGCGGCUCACGUCGCAGACGUUCGACAAGCGCGUGUCGAACCUCGUCGUACAGCACAACACGGCCAGCUAA